AUGCCCUUCAAAGUCGGGUUCCUUGGUCCCGAGGGGACAUACACCCAUCAGGCUCUCAUCCAGCAGUUCGGAAAUGAUCGUUCUCAGGUGGAGAUCGUAGCUCUCAAGACCAUUGGAGACUGCUUUGAAGCAUUAGAAUCGAAAAAAGUGGACUACACCGUGGUGCCUUUCGAAAACUCUACCAAUGGUCAGGUGGUGUAUACCUACGACUUGCUCCGGGACUGGUUCCUUCCCGAGUCCGACGCAGGCUCCCAUGUCCCCAAGUUCAGCAUUGUGGCCGAACAGUUCGUUGCCAUCCACCACAACUUCAUCACCCGUGCCAGCGACAUCGACAGCAUCACCACCAUAUACUCGCAUCCACAGGUCUGGACGCAGGUGUCCUCGUUUUUGCAAUCGUUGAAGUUGGCACCAUCCGUCAAGCAGAUCGACACUUCUUCCACUUCGAAGGCUGCCCAGCUAGUCAACGAGGAUGCUACCAAUACGACUGCAUGCAUUUCGUCAGAAGCUUCGUCAGAGCUAUACGGCUUGCCCAUCAUGUACAGAAGCAUUGAGGACAACCAUAACAACACCACUCGUUUCUUGGUGUUGGGUAGCCAGCCCUUGCCAUAUCGUGCCCCGGAGUCGGCACCAGCAAAGGCGUACAUUACGUCAGUCAUGUUUACUCUUAACCACAAUGACCCUGGUGCUCUUUGCGACGUGUUGAAUGUUUUCCGGGAGUACGGGGUCAAUUUGACCUCGAUCAACUCCAGACCUUCCCAUUUGAAGAAGUGGCAGUAUCUUUUCUUCGUGGAGAUCCUGGCCCAGCCAGACGAGAGCAAACAAGUGAAAUCUGGGCUUGAAAAGGCAGAGCAGCUUUGCUUGAACUUUGUGGAGUUAGGGACGUUUGAAAGAAGUUGGAGAUACAAUUCUAAUUGA